AUGGAUUUGGUUAUACAAUCCUUUCUAAAAUUUUACUCAGAACAGUGGCUAGAGCUGACAGAGGAGGGCAACUUUAAUGACUUCUCCAACACCUACACCACUGCUCUACUGGCCUACACCUUCAGUCUCGCUGGAGAAGAAGACAUCCGAGCUGAGCUUCUGAAACACUUGGACAGUGUAGCAACCUCUGAUGGGAGUCUCAUGCACUGGUCUCAGUCCUCAUCAGAGCGAGCUGAUUCUCUGGCGGUGGAGACGAGCUCUUAUGUGCUGUUAGCUGUUCUCACCAAACCCACACUGACUGCUGCUGACUUAGGCUAUGCUUCCAGGAUUGUCAACUGGCUGGUGAAGCAGCAAAAUCCAUAUGGAGGCUUCUCUUCCACACAGGACACGGUGGUGGCACUGCAGGCUCUGGGUCUGUACGCCACCAAGGUCUUCAGCCCUCAUGGCUUCAGCACAGUGACAGUGCAGUCAGCAGGUGGCGACAAACACCAGUUUGAUGUGAACCAGCACAACACAUUACUGUACCAGGAGACCGCGCUGCAGGACGUUCCUGGGAAGUACAGCGUUGAAGUGACGGGCUCUGCAUGUGCUUCUGUGGGGGUGGCUCUUUUCUACAACAUCCCCACUCCGACUGAGCACUCAACCUUGAGCAUUAAGACUCAAGCCAAGCCUCUGACCGAAGCAGAGUGCAACAAGGCCAAUGGGCAGGCCUUCAUCCUAAAAAUCACAAUCCAGUAUAAUGGACCACUGCCAAGCACCAACAUGGCUAUAAUAGAUGUGACAAUGUUAUCUGGUUAUCUGACUCUUCCUCUUGCAGCCCGGGUCUUAGUCAUUAAAUCAGCUCCUGUAAAGCUACAGGGCAGCAGCAUAUUAGUGGACCGAGUCGAUAAGAAAGAUGACCACAUCCUUGUGUAUCUGUCACAGGUUCCAAAGGAUAUUCAUUACCAGCUGUCCAUCCGACAGGAUGUCCUAGUAAACAACCUGAAGCCGGCAGUGGUCAAAGUGUAUGACUACUACCAAAUCAGUGAUGAAGCAGAGGCAGAGUACAGCUCCCCGUGUGCGUAAGAAGAGAUCCUGGUGGAUUCAAUCAUUCUGGUGUGUGUGUGUGUGUACUUUAUUUUGAUUUUGUAAUCAUGACAGACAGUAAAUAGACAGAGAUUACAUUCCAUUAAAACUUCUAAUUCAUGAUGUCUGAAUGCCAAUGUUAUGAGGACUUUCAUUAUGAACACAACUAUAUGUUAACAAUAAAUAUUUCCAUUCUAACAUGCACUAUAUGGGCAAAAGUAUCAGGGAUUGAGGUCAGAGUUCUGUGCGGGCCAGUCAAGUUCUUCCACACCAAACUCACCCUGUUAGGAUCUAGCCUUGACUGAUGACUUUGUGCCACCCUGGUGGUCAUUUUGUGUAUUGUUUUCUGUUGUGCUCUGUAUUUACCUGUCUGGUCAUGUGUCUUUGUCUCCACCCAUUGCCUUAUAUGGUCUGCACUAUCUGUCUUGUCAGUUUCCCUCCGUUUUUGCUCACACCUGUUCCCCGUUAUUGUCUUGUUGGUCUCGUCCAGUCCUCUGUCUGUCUGUUAAUUAGCCGG